GCGCGGGCCGGACGCCGCGAGCGGUCGCGGGGUCUGGGCUUUCGGCAUGUCGGCCUCCGGGGCGCGGGGUGCUUUCCCGGACUCGGGGUCCGGGCGCUGCAAGAGGGCGUGGACCGAGCUGCUGGCAGGAAGGGUCAAGAGGCAGAAGUUGGGUCCUGACGGGGAGCAGAAGGUGAGGGAAUCCGCUGUGCGCCUCCUGAGAAGCCAUCUAAACCUGAGCGACCUUUUCCUUGAGAACAUUUGGGAACAGUGCCGUAGGCAAGCACCGCACCCUCCGGGUGUUGCCGUGACAUGGCUUGAACCUCGCCUCGGAGCUCCUUGUGUGCGGUUUCUAGGUGGAAGGUCCUCAGUUUGCAGAACCGCGUCUCCACCGGUGGAUUGAGUGGGGUGGUCCUGAGGCCGACGCUCGUCUUUCUAGCUCAUUUGUAGGCUCCGCUUUGCAGGAUCAAGCCUCGCGGUUGGGCGUGCCGGUGGCAGUCCUGUCCAGCCGGGUGGUGGCCUCUGCCCUUGCACGGAUCUGUGCUUCGGACGCCAGGCCCUCGCCCCAGAUGCUGCUGACCCCAGAGCAGAGGAAGAAACUGUCUUCCGUGUUGGGAACGGCCCGGGACCUCAUAGCACACGGCAUGUUCUCCCGUCGCUGCUUCUGUGGGGAGGUUUGGAAGGUACAGAAUUCUUUGCUGCUUGAAGCUGUGUGGCAUCUUCAUGUUCAAAACAUCGUAAGUCUCCAGGAACUCCUGGAAAGCCACGCUGACGUCCAGGCCGCGGGGACCUGGCUCUCCAGGAGCCUGUACCACCUCUGCGAGCAGAUGGAGGCGUCCAGUCCGCACACCGACGUCGCCAGAGCUGUGCUGACCGGUUUUGUGCAAAUGUUUGUAUUGAGAGGAUUCCCGAAAAACGUGGACCCGAGAAGCACUGUGGAGCCGGAGCCGGUGACCCAGAUCGCGGCUGAUGUCCUGCAGAGAAUGCUGACUUCUGCGCUGGAAGCUCUGGCGGCCGGGCUGCAGGAGGCGUCAGCGGCGUACAAGGCGGUGAGGUGCUGGUUCGGCACGUUCGGCAGACACACGUAUCAAAGCAUCAUUUCUACAGAAUCUCCAAAGCGGUUCUUCUGUCACACCCUGACCCAGAUCCUCACCCACAGGCCUGUGCUGAAAGUGUCUGACGCUCUUCAAAUGCAGAGAGAGUGGUGCUUCGCCAGGACCCACCCGCUGCUCAGCGACCUGUACCGCAAGCUCUUCGUGGUUCUGAGUCCCGAGGAGCUGGUUGCACGUUUACAGGAGGUUCUGGAAACUCAGGAGGUGAACUGGCAGCACGUGCUGUCCUGUGUGUCUGCACUGGUGAUCUGCUUGCCGGACGCACAGCCGCUGGUUAACGGCUGGGUGGCCCGGCUGCUGGCCCGGGCGUUUGAGAGCUGCGACCUGGACAGCAUGGUCUCCGCGUUCCUGGUGGUGCGGCAGGCGGCACAGGAGGGCCCCGCCGCGUUCCCGCCCUAUGCAGACUGGUUCCAGGCCUCCUUCGGCAGUGCCAGGUACCACGGCUGCAGCAAGAAGGCGCUGGUCUUCCUCUUCAAGUUCCUGUCUGACCUCGUGCCCUUCGAGGCCCCCCAGUACCUGAAGGUGCACAUGCUCCACCCUCCGCUGGUUCCCAGCAAGCACCGCACCCUCCUCAGCGACUACGUGGCUCUGGCCCGCACGCGCCUGGCAGACCUCAAGGUUUCCGUGGAGACCAUGGGGCUCUACGAGGAUGUGUCGGCGGCGGGGGACAUGGCGGAGCCCCACAGCCAAGCCUCCCGGGAUGUGGAGAAGGCCGUCUCGGUGUUUCAACACACGGGGAAGGUUCCUGUUGCCGUCAUGGAGGCCAGCGUUUUCCGGAGACCCUACUACCUGUCGCACUUCCUCCCCGCGCUGCUCACCCCGAGAGUGGUCAGUACACGUCUGGGGGGACCUGGGGCCCGGUCGGCAGAGCAGAGGGCUCCUACGUGCCUCUCAGUCUCGGCUUUCUCUCAGCUCCCGACCGUCGAGGACGCCCGGGCGGCUCUCAUUGAGGCCCUGCGGAGAGCUGAUAAAAUCCCCCCAUCCCUGUACUCCGCCUACCGCCAAGCCUGCUCCACUGCCGGCGAGAAGCAGCCAGAAGCCCCAGGAUCGGAGGCGGAGCACAGCUGUGCAGAGGAGCCCCUGGACCUGCUCACAGCGGCCCUGGGGGAGCUCAGGGCCUCGCUUUCGGACCCCACACAGCAGGAUGUGCUGUCUGCUCGGAUGGCUGUGGUUUCUGACAGGCUGGGUCCCGCCUUGGGCCUCAGCAAGGACGACGAGGAUGGCUCCUCAGUGGCCACAGUCCAGCUUAGUGUCCGCACCCCCGAGCUGCCUCCGCGGGAACUGAAGGUCGUGGACCUCCUGCUGACCGCCUUCUCGCAGAACCUCCUGGCCGCCUCCUGCCUCGCCCCGCCCGACAGGCAGGGGCCCUGGGCCGCCCGCUUGGUGAGGACCUUGUGUGGACACGGGCUGCUGCCGGCUGUGCUCACCAGGCUCUGCCAGCUGCUCCGCCACCAGGGCCCGAGCCUGAGCGCCUCCCACGUGCUGGGCUUGGCCGCCCUGGCCGUGCACCUCGGCGAGGCCGCGUCUACGCUCCCGGCCGUGUGCGCCGGCCCCCCGGGCCCUGCCCGGCCCCUGCCUGUGCCCGAGCUCUUCGACUGCCUCCUGCCCUGCGGGACCCCGGAGGCCUGGGCCCUGUGUCUGAGGUUUUGCACAGCAGCGAUUUCCUAUUCUGUGUGUAAGUUUUCUUCCCAGUCCCGUGGGGUUUUGCGUAGCUGUCUGUCCCCAGGCCUUAUAAAAAAGUUCCAGUUCCUCGUGUUGAGGCUGUUCCCCGAAGCCCGAGAUGCCCCCGCCGGGGCAGAAGACGCGGCCGGCCCUGGCUGGCAGCCCCUGUGCCUGCCCUCCGUGGACUGGCAGCGAGCCGCCCUCUGCCUCUGGGAGCAGGGAGCCUUCCGGGAGCUGCUGGAGCAGGACGGCCUCCGAUUGACUUACAGAGACUGGUUACUGUUGGAGCUGGAGAUUCAGCCUGAAGUCGAUGCUCUCUCAGACACUGAAAGGUGGGCCUUCCAGCAGUGGGCCAUCCACGAGCACUUCCUCCCUGCACCCGCCUCAGCGGGGGGCUGCGCCGGGGACCUGGAAGCCGCCUGCACCGUCCUCGCCGACGUGCUCAUGGACUUCUGGCAAAGGUCACGGAGUGAUGGCCACUCGGACAAUUCCCAUUUGGCUGUCAGUGGCUACACAGGAAAUCGGGAUAUUUUUUCCAGAUUGCAGGAGCUGGCUGGAGACCUGCAGCAGGGCCCAGAGGCCCCCCUCGGCCCCUCUCCUGCUCGGGGACACUUCCUCUUUGGACUGUUCCGCCGGCGGCUCCGGGCUCUGGCCCGCGGGCAGGACGUGGCCACCCGCCUUCAGAGACAGCAGGAGCUGCUCAUGUUCAGACGGGUCCUCCUUGGCCUGCCCCCCACCGUGCUGGUCGGCAGCCCCCAGGCGGGACCGCCAGCCGCCCUCGCCUGCGAGGACUUCUUCCACUUGGUCAACACUGAGCUGAGAGACUUCUCGCAGGACGGUGCCCUGAGCCACGACAUCACCCUCCACUUCUUCAGGGGCCUCCUCGACGCCUGCUCCCGGAGCAGCGACCCCUCCCUGGCAGCCGACCUGACCCUGACGGCCUGUGGCACCCAGUGUCCCCUGCUGCUGACCUCAGCGCUGCUGUGGUGGCCCCGCCUGGAGCCCGAGCUUCGCCGCCGGUGGACGCGGUGCUCACGGGGGCCGCUGCCCUCAGAGCUGCAGAGGCUGCAGGAGGCCCGGCACUUUGCCAGGAGUGUCCUCGGCCCCCUCGAGGCACCCCCCGCACCCGGCCCGGCCUGGCUCUGCGCGGCUGCGUUGCACUUGGAGCUCCGGCAGGCGGGGAAGGCGGGCCUCCGGAGCGAGCUGGCGAGGCUGCCCUGCCCGGGAGACGAGCUGCUGCUCUUCCUGUUCUUCUUUUCCUUGAUGGGCUUGCUCGCCUCACACGUGACCCCACACGCAGCCGGCUCCCCGGAGGCUCUGGCCGUCUGCACUGAGAUCCUGGGCUGCCUGCAGAGGAGGAGGGUCUCCUGGCUGCCGCUCUUCCAGCUGACAGAGGCCGGAGCCGGCCUGGGCCACACGCUCCUCCGCCUGGCCCCCGACCACCUGCUGAGGCUGCUGCCGGUCGCCUUCUACAGCCUUCUCUCCUCCUUUGAGGAAGACGCCCCCCUCCAGCAGGAGGCCUUCCUGCACGUGGCUGUCGACAUGUACCUGCAGCUUGUGCGCCUCUUCAUGGACGGCGGGACGAGUGCCGUCUCGACGCGGGCCCACAGCGGGGAGCUCCGGGGCCAGGGCGACCCUGUCAGCCUGAUCACAAAAGCUCGUCUGUUUCUGUUGCAACUGAUACCUCGCUGCCCGGCAAGGAGCUUCGCGUGUGUGACCGAGCUGCUGGCCGCUCCUGGAGCCUGUGACCCAGAAGUGAGGGCGGCCCUCCUGCGCAGGCAGCCAGCCGGGCUCGACCCUGACCUCCGCCAGGAGCCCUGUCUCUUUGGACCGGACCUGCACGGGGUAUAGCCCUGCUCCUCUGUAAAUAAUUUAUUACAAGUGUAACAGAGCUCUGGUCGCCCUGGAAAGUGGAUUACAAACUCAGUUGCUUUAGUGA